UCGUUUUUGUACCGCGUUCGCAUCUCAGCGCCCAUCACCAUCAUCAGAAAAAUACAAAAAAAAAAAAAAAGAAGAAGAAGAAGUGUAUCUAUGAAGUAUUUACAUCUUCAUGUGUAUCCAUCCAUUUAUGUGUAUUUAGUAUAAAAAUUAUUACAAAACCAAUACUAUAACAAUUAAAUACUACUACUAUCUCCAAUACCACCUCUCAAUAUACACCCAGAAUAGAUGUGAGAAAAAGAUAGAGAGAGAUUUUAUUUUUUUUUUUUUUGUAAAAACAUAAUCGACGACUUCUCUUCUAGUAACGAAAUACGCGCUCGCUCCGCUCAACGCAAACUCAAACGCAUCCGCGCAUCUCGAGUACUUAAUAUAUUUUUUACCCGACGUCGAUUUACAGAUCUUUCCCAUCGCGUGUGAGAGAAGAUAAGAAUAAUUUAUAUAGUUUUUUUGUGUGUUCUUAACGAAUUUGAAAAAAAAAUCCAACUCAAAGUGAUAGUGAAGAAAAAAAGUAUAUUUUUGUGUUUUUGAGAAGUGCCGAGGAAGAAAAUAGUGUAUUUUUAUCAAAUUGUGUCUCGAAAACGGAGAAAAAGUGAUUUUCUAAGUCUAUGGACUGUUAAAAGCUACUUUAAACUAAAAAUAAUUUCUCAAAAACGGUGAAAACUACGUUAGAAACGGUUAAAAACACAGUUUUUUGAAAAAUAAAUAGCAGCCAAGUUGUUGAAAAUCAUUCAAAAUAUAUUUAACACAGUUGAAAUAGGUCAGAAACCCUUAAAUAAGUGUUUGAAACACUCAAAAAUACCGUUUUCCAACUCAUUCUUGGAUAAAAUUUUCAAAAACAGUUUUAAAAAAACAUAAAACCCACAAAUUGACUGUCAAAAACCUUCGAAAACAAGUCAAAAACGUUAGAAAACUCGUUUUUCAUUUUCAAAAAUCAAUAACAAUUUAUUAAAAUACUUCAAAAACCCCAUAAAUACUCUGAAACACCUGAUUCUCUCCAAAAAUACUCAUAUUUUUCGAUUAAACCUAAUAAAAAAAACUCAUCAUAAACACCUCCCUAGUGACAAAAAAUGUUGUCUAAACGAAAACUACUCAACUGUCAAACUUUCGAUUGAAACAAACAGAAAAACACUUCAAGGAUAUCCCCGUCAUCUUUUUGAACAAUUUUUUAUAUUUUUAUAAAAAUUGGUUAAAUUGUAACAAUGAAGAUCAUCUAUCGGCACGAUUCCAAUUAUAUUCUGCGACAAUUUACACAUACCCGUGAUAUAGUACAUUUGGAGCGCCCUCUAGGAGAUAUUACUAAGUGGCACAAGGUCACUGCUUGUUAAAAGGAUUACAUAAAACAAAAUCAUAAAAAAAAAAAUCUUUUGAAAAAUCAUUUCGAAAACUCGAAAAUAAAAACCAAAAUAGGUUUUGAAAAACAAUCAAAAACAAACACAAAAACAGUGGAUUUUUUGUAUUUUAACUUUGAAACGGGGGGUGGCUUCACACAGGACGCCAUGUAUGCGCGAGAAUUGCGCAAAUGGAGUCUAAAGUAUCACAUGUCCUAUUUGUGGCUAUCGGCUAUAGUCACAAUGCUAUUACUAAUAAUCUACUGCCCAAAUGCAGCUACAAGUAUGCAUCUGCCAAUAAAUACAAAGACGAAAGACCCAGCCCUGCGGUUAUCCACCAUACCAUCAUCCCAGUCACAUCAGCAGCAGAUAGGUUCCACAUCAGAUAGCAAUAGCUUCAACUGGUGGCUGGAUAGACUGAGUUCGAGCUCAAGUUCGAGCCCCAUCAUCAGUAAUAGCAAUAGACAACAAUUACUUAAUACAAACAUCGACAGCAUAACAACUAGUAGUAAUCUAAGUAGUAGCAUUAUAAGCAAUAAUAAAAAUAAUAUUUUAAAUAGUUAUAAUAAUCAUCAUAAUAAUCCGUUAGCAGUAUUUAGUGAUUUAAGAAAUCACAAUGCCAGAGCUAGAGCUCCUGUUAACGAUAACCAUAAUAACCACCACCUCCAUCAACACCAUCACCACAACCACCAUCAAGAAGCCACCACCGCAGUAGCAGCAUCAGCCACAGAUAGCAUCCACAAUAGAAUCCACAAUGUUCCAAAUGCAAAUAGUCAAAUAAAUUUUAACGCCCCCUAUGCAUCAAAUAGUUUAACUAAGAAUGCAUACGAUUUUAGUAGUAGUAAUAGUAGGAGAAGCAAUAAAUUAAGAAGACAUACCAACAACCAACCAAAUGCGAAUUAUCACAGUCCAGUUCGGGUGGCGGCAGACAGUCAGAGUCCCAGUCAAAGGCAAAGUCCUGUACCCUAUACCGUAUUGCCCCACUCGUCGACAGUGCAACGAUAUGCGAUUACAGCUUAUCAUGUGCCACCGGAAUCCUUGCCGCCCUUAACCGAGUUCGAUCAGCAUCAGAGGAGGCGACUUUUGUUGCGGCAACAAGCUCGCAACCGGACAAUGAUGCUGGCGGCUCGUAGUCGGAGGGAUUCGGCAACUUCAGGGGUUCCACUUGGAUACCUUCGGAACGCACCCACUGGCAGCUAUACCACCAAUUUUAACAACAACAACAACAAUCAUCAAAAACAUCACAACAAAAACAACAACAACAACAACAACUAUCAUCACAAUCGUAAACGACCGCGUCGCUAUUGUUCAGCUCGAGAUCCCGCGCAACUAGCUUUCGAAGCACCGACCGUCUUCGAGGGUAAAAUCAUCUCGAUGACUCGCGAUCGGCGAGCGAAUUUCUCCGUCACCGUCGAUGUAAAAGAGGUCUUUAAGAAGCAAAUUGGAUUUCGGUUGCAGAAAUAUGUGCGACUUAAUUUCGCGUAUCGCAAUUCGAGCGCCGAAUGCGACAUCUAUCGGGAGUUUUUGCGACCGCGUGGGCUAGUGCGUGGCGAUGAGCUAGAACAGGGCAGGGUUUAUGUGAUGUUUGUGCAACAAAGCGAUUCCAGUAAUUUUACAAUAUUGGGCCAGCCAAUUCGAAAAACACAGCACGUUAUUCAGGCGGUUAAAAAAGCUGUGAGCGAUAAAUAUGCACAGCUCGCAUCGAUAAAGUCAAUAACAGCCAGCAAUCGAACUGUGGAAAAUGGCAAGGAAUUGCGAAUUGUGUGCAAAGUGCAAGGACAGCCCCCGCCAAAGGUCACAUGGUUUAAGGAUCACAAAUCGAUAAAUCGAAAUCGGAGAUUAUAUCAAUUUAUUCAUUAUAAGAGGAGAUCGGAACUGAUUAUUAGAUCUUUCAAUAGUUCGGAUGCUGGGAGAUACGAAUGCCGAGCAAAGAACAAGGUUAAUCAAAAUCUGGAAAGGAGAGCUAUAGUGAUAAAGGCUUAUCCCAUGCCAAGAUAUGAUACACCAACUCAACAAUCCGGUGGAAAGUGUCCAGAAGAUGCAUAUGAAUUUUGUUUCAAUGGAGGCACCUGCAAAUUUUUCACGGAAAUUGGUUCCUACUCAUGCGUCUGUCCUGAAGGCUUCAUCGGAGAACGCUGCGAUCGUAAGGAAGUAAAUCACAUGCCACCCAUUCCAACAUUUAAUACCGGUUACAUGGCUGACGACCCGAAUGCUUUCGAUGACGAUUUUACCAAUAGCGAUUCAGACGAAACUAACGAAGAUGAUAUUGAAGAUGACGAAUUUUUCAACCUGCCCACGAAAGAUCAAUUUUAUAAUAAAUUAACUUAAAAUAAACGAAAAUUUAAUUAAAAAAUUUAAGAAAUCUAAAUUCCAUGUAAAAAAAACACAAAUAAAUAAAUUACUUAACCGUACAUAAAAUUUUAAAAAAAUUAAAAAAAAAUAUUUAUAACGAAAAAUA